AUUUGUUUGUUUACACCUAUGACGUUAUUGAGUGAGGGUGUGACGUCAUUACCCAAAACAAAUGUUGAAGUGGAUUUUAUAACCAAGGAAGAAGCCAAAGGAAUAUUACUGGGAAGAAGCUGCUUGACAUUAGUUAACAUGGAUGUAUCAGUGUUUGGUAGGAGAGUUGAUGCUGAUUAUGAUUAUUUUGACUUGAGUGAUGAUGAUGAUAUCAUGUGUAGCUCCAAGUACAUCAGUUCUGAUGAAGAGGACGAUAAAUUCUUUGUAAUUCCCAAGUCGAGGAAAUCAUCAAAGCUGGUCAUUAAGAAAGAUGAAGAGGAUGACUUUGAGAAAGAAAUGGCUUCAGAACUGUCUCAGACCAUGCAGCGUCUUGCUUCGCGCCUCAAGAAUAACAACCCACAGAGCAGUACCAGUGAGGUAGGAGGCAGCAAGGGGCCAAAGACUGAAGAUUCGGGCAAGAAGCUUCCAGAAGAGAAAUCUGAAUUUUAUGAUGAUAUAUAUUUCGACUCUGAUGAUUCUGACAUUGAGGCUGCUGAAACUACAAGCAGAGUUCCCAAAACCAAGAAGGAAAAGCGACGCAUUCUGUCCAAUGAUGAGCUUUUUUAUGACCCAACACUAGAUGAAAAAGACCAGGAGUGGGUAGACGAAAUGAGAAGAUCAUAUCAACCAAAAAAGAGAAGUGAUAUUUGCAGAACCAAGAGUGGAGUCAGUACACGUGGCCAGCCUCAGGCAUUGCCCCAGAGUGAUGCUGUGCUCAACUGCCCAGCAUGUCUCACUACACUCUGCAUGGACUGUCAGAGACACGCAAUCUAUCACAAUCAGUAUCGAGCGAUGUUCGUCUUUAAUUGCAAUGUUGACUCGAUGGAGAGACUCAAGUUCCCAAGCAAAGGGCAAAAAAAACGGGAUUUCUUUAGAAACAAAAGGAAAAACAAAGAUAAACAAAGCCUUAACCAAGAGGCUGAAGAGGAUGUACAGAAGUCACAGGCCAGCAGUGCAGUACCACAGAUGCAGCAAGGUAACAGUGCCACCCUCCAACAGGGUCAGAAAGAGACUGACAUGGAACUUCAAGAAACUGCAUCUUCAUCAGCCACAGUUGCUGCAGGUUCAGAUGCUGUAGCUGAACCUUCUUCCUCUUCCCACAAAAAAGUGGCCAGCAGUGUGAUACCACAGAUGCAGCCAGGCAACAGUGCCACCCUCCAACAGGGUCAGAAAGAGACUGACAUGGAACUUCAAGAAACUGCAUCUUUAUCAGCCACAGUUGCUGCAGGUUCAGAUGCUGUAGCUGAACCUUCUUCCUCUUCCCACAAAAAAGUUUCCUUUGCAAAUGUUAAAGAUGAUGAUGAAACAUAUCACCCUGUUACAUGUAAGAUUUGUAAUACAAAGGUUGCAGUGUAUGAUAAGGAUGAAGUGUAUCACUUUUUCAAUGUUGUUACAAGUUAUUAAUAAAGUAUCUAGAGUGCCUUUUACAUCUUUCCCUACAUCAGGCAAAAAAUGUCUCGGUUUAUAAUAAAUUUAGGUUAAUACUUGACAGUGAAUUUUGUAAGUGGAAUUACAGUACUGUAUACAGGUAUCAAUGUCAAUUUUCUUUAUAAUGGACCUAUUAUUGUAUAAUAAUUAUAUGUAUUACAGUUA